AUGACGUGGCGAGCACAAUUGAAGGUGCAAAAGCUGAAGAAGCUGGACCCGAGAGCACAUAUCGGAUAUCUCGUUGGCUACGAUUCGACGAACAUCUUCCGAAUAUGGGUGCCACACAAAGGCAAAGUCAUCGCAUCGAGAGAUGUGAUCUUUGAUGAGAACACUUUCUUUGACGGUCGAAGAACCGAGCCUGAACUGAUUGACGAUCUCGAUGAUCUGAUACACAAAGUUCAAAUUACUGAAAGACAAUCGAGCAACGAAAGAGUGCUUGAAGAGGAUGAACAAAUCCUAGAUCCGCCAGAGCAAGAUGGCGAGAGCGACGCAGAAUCGCAAGAAAAUGAACAGGCCGCUGAGCAAAGCGAGCCAGUGGCUGAGCAAGCCACAAACCAAAGCUACAAUGAGAGAGAAGACUAUGAGCUUUCGAAGCUGAUGGAGGAAGCGUUUCAUACACCUCCACCGACGGAACCUGACCAGGCGCCAGAGGCAGUCUUAGCAGUCCACCUACCCGUCGCUGCAGAUGAGGGGAUGGAAAGGCACGGCAAACCAGAAGGCAGCCGGAGCGAAACGCAAGACAAACUAAUUGGUGACCGAAUGGCGGGAGACCGCUUCGAAGACUACGUCUCAGUCCCGGUAGAAACAGCAGUUCACGGGGCCUUUGUAGCAGGCAGAAAGUUCAAGCCGGCCAGGACGCACAAGCGAGACCUGCCAGAGCCACCAAAGACGUUUAGGGACCUCAAGGGCCACCCCUUCAAGGCAGACUUCCGAAAGGCACAGGAAGACCAUAUGGCAUCGCACAAGCAGAUGGGGUCAUUCCAAGAAGUGCCAAGGCGUCAAACCAGGGGCCAGCAGGUGCUAAGCUGCAUGUGGGUCUUCACCUACAAGACAGACAAGCAUGGCUACCUCGUGAGGUGCAAAGCAAGACUGGUUGUGUGCGGGAACCAACAGGCCAAAGGGGACCUGCCCACUCGAGCAACAACACUUGCAAGCAUGUCCUUUAGAGCGCUCAUGGCAAUUGCGGCAGAGUAUGACUUGGAGCUAGAGCAGAUGGAUGCGAUAAACGCAUUCGUGAACUGCGACCUGGAUGAGCUGGUAUUCAUGAGAAUGCCACCAGGCUUCGAGAAAUACGGCACCGUACUGCGACUGAAGAAAGCGCUGUACGGGCUAAGAAGGUCGCCGUUACUAUGGCAGAGAGACCUCACAGCAACCCUGCAAGACCUUGGAUUCAGCAAAAUCCCACAAGAACCAUGUGUAAUGCAGAAAGGCGGAGUGAUCGUCUUCUUCUUCGUUGACGACAUCAUCUGGGCAUACCGAAUGGUCGACAAGGCCUUGGCGAAAGAAGCCAUUGCUGGUUUGCAGAGGAAAUACAAGAUGAGUGUACUGGGAGACCCGAAGUGGUUCCUGGGAAUACACAUCAUCAGAGAUAGAGCUAAGCGAUCAAUCUGGCUGUCCCAAGAGGCAUACAUUGACAAGAUUGCUCACCAGUUUGACAUAGCUCUAGACUCAAAGCUGCCCAAAACCCCGAUGGCUGAAGAAGAGCUGCUACCAGCAGGCGUUCAAGCCGACCGACGAUCGAUCGAGCUAUACAUGAAGAAGUGA